AUGUUUCCGGGAAGGACAAUCCAGCUGAUUGUCCAACACUGUCCAAUACUGUCUACGGAGACAGUAUUGGAUAAUCACAGUCAACUACCUACUCAUAGAGUUACUCGACCGUCUAGACCCUUUGCGAUAAGCGGUCUGGAUUAUGCUGGCCCUAUUUGGAUGCGAACCACUAAAGGUCGCGGGAAAAAGGCAUAUAAGGGCUAUAUUGUAGUUUUCGCUUGUUUGGCUAAGAGAGCGGUCCAUUUGCAGGCGUGUUCGGAUUACACAGCUGAUGGCUUCAUAGCGGCUUACAAACGUUUUGCUGCUCGACGUGGCAUAAGUAAUUUUCUUUACAGCGACUGCGCUACCAAUUUUGUCGAGCCAGAUAGGCAGCUACGAACACUUUACAAUGAGGCCUCUGCUGUCUCAUCGACCAUCAGCCGCUAUCUUGUUGAUAAAGGAACUACGUGGCGUUUCAACCCUCCAGCUGUCCCGCACUACGGAGGACUUUGGGAAGCAACUGGCCGUCCUGUAAAACAUCAUCUUCGUCGAGUAGUCGGAGAUAAUUCUCUGACUUGUGAGGAAAUGACAACCUUCAUCACGUAG